AACCGCGUGCAGCUGGCCGGCUUCGCGUCCAUCGCAGGCAGGCAGACACGCCCCCGCCUUCGCCGCGGCCCGUACCCCCGCCCCACGCUUCCUCUCGCAGUCACGGGCACGCCGCGGGCGCCGGUCCGCUCCUUACUACUAACGUGCCACCGGCCUCCCCUUGCCUCUGCGCUAGCUCUGCAGUUGCCGUCGUCCGCCAUCGCACAGUACAAGCGCGCGCGCCGGCCGCUCCGUCUCCAUCCUUUCCUCGGGCCAGUGUCGUUCAGGCGGGCGGGCGCGCUCGUGUGGCUCGUGCCCGGCGGCCGGUUGAUGAGGCCCGCGCGCCGGGGCGGGGGAGCGGUGGGUGCCUCGGCGCGGGCGCUCCUGCUGCUGUUUCUGGUCCUGCUGAUCGGCAGCCGAGGCGCGGAGGCGAUCCGAGCCGUGCCGCGCAGGUCGGCGACGGUCGGCAAGGCGAGGAAUCGGAGCCACAGCCACAGUGCCCGGGUUGCGGUGCUGCCGAGGAAGACAAUGCCGCUGCUGGGGACGCGGCCGGUGCCCGUGCGGCUGGCGCCGGCGGGGUCGGUAGAGGAGGAGAGCAAGCGGCGGAUCCCGAGCUGCCCGGACCCGCUCCACAACCGGUGACAAGACCAAGACCACGCUUGACUGACGGCAUUGCUCCUCUCCUUCAUGGAUCAAGCAUUUGGUUUAUUUCUAGCUUCAGUUCUUUCAAAUCUUUUGAGCACUUGUUCUUUUACUCGAUUUCACUGUAAUUACUAGAUCGCCGAUGCCGGGCCAGGUUUGAAGGGCUUUGUAUUGGAAGAAUCUCCCAAUCCAUUCCUCCGCCGCCGGGCUGGAUCGAGAUUCUUGGCAUACAAAGCCCUACCUGCUAGAUUCCGCUGCUUGCGGCCGCCUCACCUCUUUUUGAUGAGAAAGUAAUGAGAAUCAUCAGUGGAAAA